AUGCACGUGCCAAUACACGCAAAAUAUUGGUUGAAACGGCGACGGUUGAAUACGCUGUCUUCAACGUCGUCGACCCCUCCUCGUGCCUCUGCACAGGACGGCACUGGAGCUUCGCCAUCUCGUCUCAAUUCGACGAGAUCAUCUCCUGUAUCGAGUGCUUCCACGAUCGACGACGACGGUGAGUCGUCUCCGGUGCUCCCACCGCUCCCGGCCCCCAAGCUACCGGGACGGGUAUCCGAAUAUCUUAGGACGCCGCCUUCUAAUCGCAGCACCGAAAGGGAUUCGCAAUACGUCACCGCUAGCUGGGGUUCACCGUACCCAGAAGCUGAUAGCGACCAUUUUCGCCGACUGAGCUUCAGUAGCGAGACUUCAGAAGAUUCUCCGUUGCAUCAGCUCGAGAUUAAUACCCCUUUCCUCCGCCCGGCUCCGUUGAUCGCAACAACUGAGUCUGAACGCCCUUCUUCAUCUCUUUCUGGUACUGCCGCCGUGCUUGCGAAUCGUGCCCGACGCCCUCCACGGGGGAUCACGGAAGAUUGGAUCCGGCAACAUACCACUAGUGACCUAACUUCUGAACACCGUCACUGGCUCAGUGACGGGACCGACGAUAGUGAGCCCUCUUCAGUGAGAAGCUCCAUUACAGGCGAAGACGUGAGUUGGUUUGACGAAUCCGAUCCUAGGACCCCACGGCCUCCGCGAUUACGAGCCAUUCCUCAUCCUUCUCGAGUCCCUAGCCAGGUGUCUCGACAUCUACCACGGAAACGGUCCAGCAACGAGACCUUGAAACAGGCAGUUUUGAACCGACGUGUCGUUAGCAGAACCUCCAAUAUGGACGCGCUUGAAGUAGAAAGAAGCGGUCAGGAUGCUGCUAGCAUCCACACCAUAGAGUCUCUGUCAGAGGCAGCAACAAGAACAGAUACCCCUAGAAGUGAUCAAUUGAGUGCGAAUGGAUCAGUAACAACAGGAUUUCACGAACCUCCAGCUACGCCCGCAAAACCCGCGAAAGUCGUUACGGGACGCACACCCCGCCCUAAGAAGAAAGUACCAUGGAAAGGGAAGAACAUAUUGGUAUGUUUACCGUGGGAUGAGGAACGAGGUCAGCCUGGUAAAGGACCAAUACCUCUAGGUGCAACAGAGGUGAAAUCAAUGCUGCGAUCCUGGGAAGAGUUGGGGUACAAUAUUCGUGGUUUUGACUUGGAAGGAGCUCACGCUCCUUUGGAUCCCCUCGAUACUUAUUCACAAAGUAGAGGCGAAUGGCCUGAUUCCGAAGAUGUUACCCAUGAACGAUCCCAACAUCAAUAUCAGGUGACGCUUCCGGAUUUGAACGCGUGGAAAAACUACGUCAAUGAACUGCAGGAGGCUAAGCUCAGGGCGCUUGGUGUGUCCUUCGGCGAUGAUGAAGCUGGCCCUGCAUCCUCCAUAUCUCCGGUGGCGUCGAACAUGAGUCGGCAAACUUCAAAUCAAUACCCCCAGUUGCCAUUCUCUCCGCCUUUACCGGCAACUUCAACUGGUAGCAAUGGGCAGGCAUUCGCUUUCCCGCCUCCUUUCCUUUCCGGCCAUGGCUCAUCCGCCCAAAGCCCUGCGAUAGGCUCAAUUCCCUCUCCGGCAUCUUUCAAUGGCAUGCAUGGCAAAUUCAACCCUCGUGCAUCGAUUUCCAUAUCACCACAUGAGCUUCCCUUCCAUUUCGCACAACAUUCGCCUCAUGCUUGGUCUCCGCAAAUGCUACUACAUCAACAACUUGGCCGUAGUGGCUCACCUUCUCUCCUAAACCUGAACUCUCUAGUGUCGCCAAACUCGCCCUUUCAGCGUGAUGGCAUACCUUCGCCGGCUGGUGUUCAUCAAAGACACCAGUCUUUACAGUUCCCAAUGCUUCCGCAUCAAUUCCUUCAUAGAGCGGACUCGGCUAGAGCAUCGCCCCGGCUGCAAGAACUUCGCGAGGUUGAAGAAGAGACGCAAAGUAACCCGUAUGAGGAGAAGAGCCCAGUCAAAACUUCAGAGCCCACCCAGCAGUUCAUACGUCACAAUGCCAGUGCUAGCCUCCAAAAGGAGAUUGAUGAUGCUGAAUAUCAUCUUGAAGAACAAUUCCGUUCUCAGCUAGAGCACGAAGACUACAGCCCACAUAAUGAGUGUGAGAAAGCGGAGGAAGAGACGGUCCAAGAACAAGCAGAGCCGCCUUCUGCUUCGCAUACGAGGGGACCCUCAGUACACUUUGGCAACUUUGGAAAUGACUCUGAUGAAGGACCCAAACUUCACCACCCACAACCUCAUAGUCGCGGCCACUCUCUUUCUCAAGCAGCCUACUAUGAUGAGCAGACACGAGAUAGUACUGAUGAAGGGAGCAGCAAUAAAAAGCAGCCAGCCGGUCUGAACAUCGCUAAUGGUGACAGCUCGUAUGAAGUCGAGACAAAUCCCAGCAAUAUAGGAACUCCAAGCCAAUCUUUUGACAUGGUAAACCAAUUACAUGAGAGGGCAUUCUCGACGACAAACCCGUGGGCCAAUGAGCGUUCUUCUGAUAGCAAGGGAGCUUCUCGCCAUACAAGCCAUACUAGCAAGCCUUCUCUAUCCAAGUUGAACGCUGGAGCAGCCGAGUUCAAAUUUAACCCUAAGAGUAGUUUUACUCCUGGUCAAUUUGUCUUUGGCGGCAACAAUGCGCAGCCGACUACAUUCCAGGCCCCGUCAUUUACCCCGAAUGCCCAUUCUGCUACUUCGAGUCACUUCAGCGUGCCCUCAACAUCGUCAUCUUCUAAGCUUAAGAUCAAUGCUUCAGCGCCAGCAUUCUCACCUCGUAAGGGAGAGUUCAACUUCUCUACCUCUGGGCCAAAGUUCAACCCUGUCGCUCCUACUUUCCAACCUCUAAAGUCAUUUGCUUCAUCUGUUACAAGUGGAGGGGCUUCUGGUAAUGACAGCGCCGAUACUCGCGCGGCUAGCAUUUUUAGCAAGAUUGAUUUGAAGAGCGCGGAAUUCGUUAAGCCUGUUAAGAGCUCAAAGGCUAUUCCUAUUCUGCGCCCACCUAGCCAACACUCUCCCGCCGUUCCAUCCCCGGGCGCUGCUAAUGAAGAUUCCACCCGGACGAGGAAGAAGUUCAGAGAAGACCAUGGCGAUGGUGACGAGGUACCCAUAUUUGCUGAGCCUAUACCAGAACCAGAGAAUGCGCCUGAGACAGAAGCCAAUACCCCUGUAUCCGAAACAGCAGAGUCUGUAAAGGAGGAUACCCUCGACGAAGAGAAUCUUCCUGCGCAUGAGAAGAUAGAGGAUGACGAAAAUGCCAACGUAGGCGAUACAACAUUUGCUUCUACCAUUCUGUCGGAAUCAACAGAUGGGAAGUUGCACUCGGAGUCGAACGAUACGAAAGCCACAACAAGCCCUUCGGCAACUUCCCCUGACCAGGACAAGUCUAACUGGAAGCCUUUCGAAUUUAGUAACCCGACAGAGAUUCAGGACUUCAACAAUGCUAGGCCAUUUGGGGAUGAGGAGCCUUCGUUUCACAAGGAGCACAAAAAGAGUCUUUCGGCUACCGCUCAUCCUUUCGUGCCUGGGUCUUUUACAUUCGGUGCUAUCAAUCCUAUAGCUGCUCCGUUCGAGCCUGCAAUCAAGACGCCGCCAUUCCAGAUGAGCGGACAAGAGGAUGAAUCCGUCGAUGAUCGUGCUGGCUCGCCUACCCCUGGGCCAGACCUACAACCUACUGCUGGACCUCAGCCUGAGCCGAUCUUCAAGAUUCAACCUACAAUUUCGGUGCCUGUAUCUCCUCUGCCUGCAAAGGGCCUUGGCGUGUCGCGAUUCGCAUCUCCCCCGCCUGCUCCAAAGGGCUUGAGAGCAUCAAGAUUUGCGACCACGCCUUCGCCACAACCGAACUCGGCCGAGCUGACUGUCUCUCAGCAUGCUGCUACACCGUCUACACCGUCUCCGAUGUCUCAGAAGACUUCGCAUCUUCCUGAUGCGUUGGUAAGUCCUCCAUCAGACGCAGGCUCCGAGUCGAGAGGCGACAGUACCGAAAACCUCACGUUCAAACAGAUUGACGAGGUGAUGCAUCACCUCAAUAAACAUGACCCCACAAUGGGAGUUAAUAGAAGCGGGACGCCUGCUGGGAGUCGCCUACCUAGCCCCAGCCCUAUGCGGAACUCUGCAGUCGCCGCUAUCGCAAAAUCAUCACAGGUACCGUCCCGAAGUGACGCACCGAGCCCAAGUCCUCGACAAUACCUCACCUUACCCAAGCAAGCUUCGACUCCAAGAUCAUCAACGGAGUUGGAGGAUCCCUUUGUUGAUCCUCCACAGAGUGUUGUCUCGCAAUCAUUCGACGGUGCAGUUCAUCGGCUUAAUGCUGGAGAAAAUCUUCCGGAAAGUGAAUGGGAUGAUGCAUUCAGUGCUAACGAGCAAGAAAAGCUUGAGCAACGUGUCCAGUACUUCGAUGGGCGUGUUCACGAUGUUGUCGGCAAUCUCCUGGCUUCCAGACUUGAUCCUCUCGAAAGGACUCUUGGCUCUAUUGAGCAUGUCUUGGGCGGCCUAGCUCGUAGAGCACCAUCUACUCGACGUGACAGACGCAGUAUAUCUGCUGAGGUCCAAGAAAGUGAUGCGGAUGACGAAGACGAUGACGAGCCUGUUCGUCGCUCGUCGAGCCCUAGAAGGGACAAGAAGAUGGAACAGAUUCGUAUUGCUGUAUUGGAUGCUCUAAACCAGCAGCAAACCAUGCGUACCCUUCAGGCUGCUCAACUAGAGUCCGUUGAACAGGAUCCCGCCAAGGAAGACUUAACAAUGGUUAAAGCCCUGGAGCAAAUGAAGCAAGAGCUCAGCCAGACGUUGCGAUCGGAAUUCCGUGGUGAAGAUAUUCGGAACAUGGUGGAAGAAGCAGUUGGAUGCAUUGUGAUUCCACCACCUCAACCGCUUAUCAAAGACGACGACGAAGCCAACGCUAAGUUGUCUGAAAUGCAAUCAAGAAUGAAGGAGCUCGAGCAACGACUACGUACCGAAGAGAGCAGAAACGAAACUGAGCGCUCAAGAGUCCUCGAACUUGAGGAACGUCUCCGAACCGCAGACAGUAGAUACGACAAUGAAACGACAAUGAGGCGUAGUGCCGAAGAUCGAGCUGCUAAGGUUCAACAACAGUUAGAACAAGCAGAGACAAAGGUAGAGGUUGAAAUCAUGAACCGUAGCAUUUUUGACCAACGGAUCCAUGACCUUGAGGAUCGACUCAGACAUCAGGAAAAUAAGACCGAGAAUGAGCUUUUGGGACGCAGAGGAGCCGAGGACAGACUUUCGGAGGUUCAGCGACUUCUCCGAAUCUCUUCCGAGGAAGAAGAUCGUCUGCGAGUUGUUGUCGAAGAGCGUGAUCAGAAGAUCAAGGACAUUGAGGAGGCAUCCAACAAGACCACCAUGCGUGUUACCCUCCUCGAAGCCGCCCAGCUGAGCGCCGAACAAACACAUACUGAGAUUAAGAAUCGUCUCGGCAUCUCAGAAAUCGAGCUUCGUGACGCCAAGCAGGAGGCUCACCACUGGCGCUCUGAGGCCGAGCAUGCAAGAGAAGCGGCUCAUCGCCAAGCCGAUAGCAUCGUCCAAACUAUUAAAGAGAACAAGCAUCUACACAAGCUAAUCGAUACCCUCAGCGUCCAGCUUGAAGAGAACGAGCGGAUCAGGGAUACUUGGCGAGCCAAGUUUGUGGCUCUACAGGAUGAUAUGGCUCAUGCUGCCCGCGAAAUCACGGAGGAGAACUCCCGUCGCUCGAAGAAGGAGCAAGCCCUCCUUGCACGUCAAGAAGUACUCGAUGCUAGACUCCAAGCUGAGGCGCGGACACGCGAACGUCUCGAAACUGAAAUUGAAAGGUUGGAGAACGGCGAGCGCGCUGGUAUGAGGGCCGUAAGCGAAUGCAAGCGACUCGACGUGCUGCUCAUCGAGCUUCGCAAUGAGAAUCAUGCCCUCCACCAGAAUGCCCUUCGGUACCAGAGAGAAAUCCAACAAGCAAGAGAAUCCGCGGCAGUCGAAGUGCAAAGGACACAAACUUCAUUGCAAGCCGAGUUAAACGCUGCUAACAAUGAAGUUAACGUUGUGCGUGAGGAGCUCGAGGAAGAGAUUAGCAAGCUAAGAGCUCAAGUCGAUCAGAUCAAGAUGGAUGCCGACACUGCGAAGGCUCACCAUGAGAUGAUGCUUGAGGAAGCCCAAACGUCGAAGCAGACCGAACUGGAAGAAGCAGAAAAUGUGAGGCGAAGCGAGAUCAGCGAACUGAUUCGUAAGCACCAGAACGAGGUGGAAGAUCUCCAGGCUCGGUACGAACGGCAAAUAAGCAAUGGCACCGAGGACGCACAGCGCACGGAGCAAAACCUUCUAGAGCGACUCAGCCUGUCAACUUCCAAGACUGAACACCUCCAAGACCGCGUUGCCCACCUAGAAGACAAGGUACAGAUUGCACAAGAAGCCGCUAAGGCAGCAGCACAAGCGGCGUCACAAGCUUCAAAGUCUGUUUUGCCCGGGCCUGUUGGUCAGACCAAGCAGCUUGCAGAGGCGAUGCAACUUCCCGAGAAGGUUUCCCCGCAAGCCCUCCGCGAGUCUAUCAUGGUCUUGCAGGAACAAUUACAGGCUCGCGAACAACGAAUCGAGGAGCUUGAGCACGUAGUCGCUAAGCUCGACCCAGAUGCUGCUAUCAAGAUAUCGAAGCGAGAUGAUGAGAUCACGUGGCUGCGAGAGCUUCUCGCUGUAAGACACGGAGAUCUUCAAGACAUAAUCAAUGCGUUGUCAGCCGAAUACUUGAACAGAGAAGCCGUGAAGGAUGCAGCUAUACGCUUGAAGGCCAACUUACAGAUGGAAGAGCAAGAGCGAGAGCGCGCCAUGAAUGGUGGAUCGGCCAUAAACUUACCAAACAUUGCCGCUACUAUUCGAGGAGCCGCCACCCCUCGGGUCGCCCAAGCAGUCAUGCCUUUUGCUACCGCAUGGAGUAGUUGGCGAAAGUCAAGCCAACAACCUGCGCGUCACAAUCUGUCCAGGGGUGUAUCAUUGUCUCCGGCACCGGCCAGAAACUCUACGCCAUCGAAAAUAAAGAACGCUCCUCAAGGUGGCUUCCUGUCCGGCCUCAUGACUCCACCGGCAUCUAGUGUUAGAAACACACCUCCACUGCAGCAACAUCAGGCGCAACCGACCGCAUUUGGCAACACUGGCCGUAUCUACACUGCGGAAGAGUUUGCAAAUAGAUCUCGAGGUGUCUCGAUGACUACCCGGCAAGCCGAAAAGAUGCCCCGGACGAGCACCCCUCCUCUGCAACAAGACCGUCGCCAACCUGUUACUCCUCCGAUGAUGCAGUCCGGUGCAUACGAUUUGGACGCGCGCGUCGAGGAUUUUGACGAUGCUUCUUUCUUUGAUAACUAA